AUGGAGCCGAUCGUCAUCGCCAGCGCAGCCCGCACGCCAGUGGGCUCGUUCAACGGGUCAUUUGCCAAUGUGCCGGCGCACGAGUUGGGCGCAACGGCCAUCAAGGGCGCGCUCGAGCGGGCCGGCGUCGAUCCGGCCGACGUCGAUGAAGUGAUCAUGGGCCAGAUACUGGCCGCCGGCGAAGGCCAGAACCCGGCCCGGCAGGCGGCGAUGGCCGCAGGGUGUCCGCAGGAAACCACCGCCUGGGGCAUCAACCAGCUUUGCGGAUCGGGCCUGCGGGCGGUGGCGCUCGGCAUGCAGCAGAUCGCCACCGGCGAUGCCAACAUCGUGGUGGCCGGCGGCCAGGAAUCGAUGUCGAUGUCGCCGCACUGCCAGCAUUUGCGCGGCGGCGUGAAGAUGGGCGACGUCAAGCUGAUGGACACGAUGCUCAAGGACGCGCUCAUGGACGCCUUCUACGGCUACCACAUGGGCAACACGGCCGAGAACGUUGCGCGCCAGUGGCAGCUCACCCGCGAACAGCAGGACGAAUUCGCCGUCGCCAGCCAGAACAAGGCCGAGGCCGCCCAGAAGGCGGGCAAGUUCAAGGACGAAAUCGUCGCGCACACGGUCAAGACCCGCAAGGGCGAGACCGUGGUCGAAGACGACGAAUACAUCAAGCACGGCGUCACGAUCGACGGCAUCGCCAAGCUGCGUCCCGCCUUCGACAAGGAAGGCACGGUGACCGCGGCCAACGCGUCGGGCAUCAAUGAUGGCGGCGCGGCGACGGUGCUGAUGAGUGCCGCAGAAGCCGCAAAGCGGGGCAUCAGCCCGAUGGCGCGCAUCGUCUCCUGGGCGACCGCCGGCGUCGAUCCGCAGAUCAUGGGCACGGGGCCGAUCCCCGCAUCGCGCAAGGCACUGGAGAAGGCCGGCUGGAAGAUCGACGAUCUCGACCUGGUCGAGGCCAACGAGGCAUUCGCCGCCCAGGCCUGCGCGGUCAACAAGGACAUGGGCUGGAACCCGGACAUCGUCAACGUCAAUGGCGGCGCGAUCGCGAUCGGUCACCCGGUCGGCGCAUCCGGCGCCCGCGUCCUCAACACCCUGCUCUUCGAGAUGCAGCGCCGCGACGCCAAAAAGGGCCUGGCCACGCUGUGCAUCGGCGGCGGCAUGGGCGUUGCGCUCUGCGUCGAGCGGGAUUGA